AUGCAUGACCAGCUAGAUUAUUUCUUGACGCUCUACGACUUUACGGUGCAAUGGCUACUUGAGCCUACAGUAAGCGCGGUUGGCGCGCUCCUAUUCUCAACCGAGCCUUCUCCCACAAAAGUCGUACUAAGAUUUGAUUUGAUAUCCAUUGCAGAACUACAUUCCAAGAUGACCGAACACCUGCAAUCGAACGUGUCUCAGGACCUCGUCUGGGAGAUAUGCCGUCCGAACAACGCAUUCUUGGUGAAGCGCAAAAGCGGAGGGGGUUCCCAAUUCUCGAGAGAUCCUCUCAACUUGAUGAACAAGCACUCUAGGAAGUAUGCCGGCUUCGUCAAUAACAAGGCCGUUGGCAUUCAUCCUGCAGAGAAAGGCGGCGUGACGUUGGCUACCAAAAAGACAAAGCAUCUCAAUCGACCCGCAGUCAACAAGAACGAGGUCUCGUGGAGCGGGCAGAAGUCGGGACCAAAAAUUUACAAAGGUAUCGUCAAUUACACAGCGAAGCAAGGCUACCGAGCAGAUCUUCGUCAAGAGGCCGUUGCUCGCGCCAGUGCUAUCCGCGAAUCACAGAGACCAAAGAAGGAAGAUCCUGAACCGAAAAUUCGCGGCUCAAAAGCAAAGAAGGCGGAAGAGAAGUCUACGUGA